AUGAGCACUUCGCCUACUAAGUCAAAUAGAGUAACACAAGAUAGCCAAAUUACGUUGCCGCCAAUUUCUUCCUUUGAUAACUUGAUCCGAGCUGCAUCAGAACAUGUCGUGUCAGGCUCACCGAGCGACGUUAUGGCUGCAGUUGCCGCUGCGCCUCGGUAUGGUCCUACAACGCCUGAUUCAUUAUUGUCUUACCAGUUAAGCACUAUAGAUAAAUCAAGGCUACAAAUUGACAUGCUUUCCUUGGAUAAUCAGAACUAUUUUCUCUCGUAUGGAAAUGGUUCAAAUGAUCGCAGCAACGAUCAGAAAACGCAUAAACCAAGAAAGAAGAAAAAAUGCCCGAUAUGUCACAACUACUAUGCAAAUCUGUCGACCCAUAAGUCAACACACCUCGACCCUGGGGCAAGACCCUAUAAAUGUGAGGUAUGCACCAGGGGGUUUGCUAGAUCUAAUGAUAUGCAGCGGCAUAAAAAACGGCACUGGAAAGGCGAGCUCUUCGCUCCGCAGGGCGGGGUGAAGGGGGCGGACGCAAAGCAGCUAAUACAGAUUCAGCCACUUCGGCGGCAAACAGUCCUAGAAAGAGAAGAUCUGAUAGCUCAAUUACAAACACAUAUCCCACGAAAACAACUCGAAACGCGUUACCUAGUGCAGGGGACUUACAAGUGCCCCUUCAAUUCUACGUUGAUUAAGUUAGAUAUGGAGAUAUUUCCUUCUAAGGAUCGACCGCUCCCAUUUGCUACUUCGACCUGUCACAUUACGGGGGUCUUUUCGAGAUGUGACACGUACAAAAAUCAUCUCAAAGCAUUACACUUUGAGUACCCACCGGGUACCAAGAAACGAGAACGCGCAAAUAUCCACGGACGGUGCAAGCACUGCGGUGCGAUGUUUGAUAACGUGGACAUCUGGCUUAAUGAACAUGUGGGUAAGAUAUGCGGUUAUUUUUAUCAUUGA